CCCUCUCUAUUUAUCCCUUUUUCCGUUUGGGCUUCUUUCAAGCAAAGUGAAAAUAUAAAGAGCAUCUUUUGCAGGGAGGCAGGCAGGGUGCCUUAACUCCUCUGAUUUUCCAACUACUUCAAAUUCAAUAGCGCAGCUAACUGGGUAGGGCGGAGAAGUAGUCCAGUGAAAUUAAAGAAAGAAAUUAGGUUUGGUUUUGUUGAAGAUGAGAUCAGAAUCAAAGAUGCGGGUGCAGCGCCUCUUUUUCCUUUUUGUGUAUGUGACGUUGUUCCUCCAGAUCGGCGCCGAUGCUGAUGACGACGACAUUGUAAAUGCGGCCAAGAGACUCAACUUCGAGAACCAGCGCCUCCGAGACGCCUACAUUGCGCUCCAAUCAUGGAAGGAAGUCAUUCUCUCCGACCCCUUAAACUUCACGGCGAAUUGGAUAGGAGCGGAUGUGUGCUCUUAUACCGGAGUAUACUGCGCCCCUUUGCCCACUACUUCUACGAGAGUGGUGGCGGGUAUCGACCUCAACCAUGCAGACAUUGCUGGGCAUCUCGUCCCUCAACUCGGUCUUCUCUCUCAUCUCGCCCUCUUCCACCUCAACUCCAAUCGCUUUUGCGGUGUGCUUCCCCGGAGCUUCAAAAACAUGACUCUCCUUAGGGAGCUAGAUCUCAGUAACAACCGGUUUGCAGGCGGAUUCCCUAAGCCCGUGCUUUCAAUGCCUUCUCUCAAGUUUUUAGACCUCCGUUUCAAUGAGUUUGAGGGCCCCGUGCCGUCAAAGCUUUUCGACAAGGACCUGGACGCUUUAUUCCUCAACGACAACCGGUUCCGUUUCGGCAUCCCGCCCAACCUCGGGAACUCGCCGGUUUCCGUUUUGGUUUUGGCCAAUAACCAUCUCGGGGGGUGUAUUCCAUCCAGUAUUGCCAAAAUGGGGAACACAUUGAACGAACUCAUUCUCUUGAAUGACAAUCUCACCGGAUGCUUGCCUCCUCAGAUCGGAAAGCUGAAGAAGUUGACGGUGUUUGAUGUGGGGUUCAACCAGAUUCAGGGGCCGCUACCGUCUUCCGUUGGGGGGAUGAGGAGUUUGGAGCAACUGAAUGUUGGGCACAAUCGUCUCACCGGCGUCAUUCCAGGCAGCGUGUGCCAACUUCCUCGCCUGCAAAACUUCACCUAUUCUUUCAACUACUUCACCGGAGAGGCUCCGGCAUGUGUCGCCAGAAGCGGAUCGGAUGGUCGGGAGAAUUGUAUUCCGGGAAACAAGGCUCAAAGAUCUGCUAGGGAAUGCUCGUCUGAAGAUGCUAAGCCUUUUGAUUGCCGUAAAUCCUCCAAGUGUGGCGGCGGCGGCAGCAACAACUUCGCUUCCUCCCCAAAAACUAAAACCAAGUCAAAGAGAAGAGCAAGCCCACCCAGGCCUUCCAAAUCUUCAUCACAAACAAGGUCACACCCUCCGCCACCCCCAUCCCCAUCCCCAACCAAGUCUUAUACUUCUCCACCUCUGCUGUCCCCGCCACCACCCACCCAAAAAAUGUCGCCCAAGAUUCACCAAGCACCACCGCCGCUCUAUCACAGUUACACCUCCCCACCACCACCACCGCCUCCAAAUCACUAUGUUAAAUUUCCCCCACCUGAACAUCGCUCCAUAACUCCACCUCCAUCAACUUAUCACAGUUACACUUCACCACCGCCGCACUCAAAUGAGCAUGUGAAAUCCCCUCCACCUCCACCCGACACCCAUUACACUUACACUUCUCCACCUCCACCGAUUUAUCACAGUUACACAUCUCCGCCACCUCCACCCGCCACCCAUUACACUUACACUUCUCCACCUCCACCGAUUUAUCACAGUUACACAUCUCCGCCACCUCCACCCGCCACCCAUUACACUUACACUUCUCCAUCUCCACCGAUUUAUCACAGUUACACAUCUCCGCCACCUCCACCCGCCACCCAUUACACUUACACUUCUCCACCUCCACCGACUUAUCACAGUUACACAUCUCCGCCACCUCCGUCUUCAAAUGAGCAUGUCAAAUCCCCUCCUCCACCACCUCUAAUUCAGCCAUCACAUCCUGUUCCGUUUUCACCGCCGCCUCCAAGUUGCAACGACCCACAAUCUGUUCCACCGCCGCCAUUGCAUGAACACAUUCCUCUUCCUCCCGUCAAAGGCGUUUCCUAUGCAUCUCCUCCACCUCCCGUUAUUCCUUACUAUUGAUUGAGAUUUGGGAAUAGAGAGAAAGAAAAGAAACUGUUAACAGUAGACUUUCAACAAGUGGACAAGAAACUAUGACUACAGUAAUUUUUUAUUAUUUUUUUUUUUGGUGUAUCAUGUAUGCCCUCUCAGGCUCUCAGGAAGUUUUUUAUUUUUCUUCUCUCAUUUUUUUUUUGUUUUAUUUUUUGUUAUUCUAUCUUCCCUUUAUCAUUCUAUCAAUCUCCAUGCUCUUGUAUUCUUGUUUGGUAAGUUAAUUUAAUGUAAGACCAUUAGACUA